CACCGAACCAACCAUUGACAAAACAAUUUUGAUGUGUUGUUGAAUCGUUUUAAUUUUAGUGUAAACCCAGAAAUGGCCGAGUACACGCAACGAAGGAAGGCAUCUGUGGGUUCUCACACGUCCCAAGAAUUGAGGAAGAGGGAAAAUCAAGACCGUAAGAGAUCCAUCCUGUACCUCAUCCUGGAUUAUCUGAAAGGCAACAACUUGCACAAGACCUACGAAGCUCUUAAGACGGAAGCAGAACUGGGCGACCUAUUCACAGUGUGCGACAAUAUCGACCUAGAUAUAAUCCUGCAAGAGUACCAGACGUACUACAACAUGAAGUUCCAAAAAGAACCGCAAAUUAUCAGGAGGUUGUCGCUAAGUGAGAAAAGUACCGCCGGUUCUGUGACGCAGAAGGUACAGUCUGCGGGAAAGUUGAGAACGACGCCGUCGACGCCACAAGUUAGCAAGGUGAAGGAAAAAAGUGUUAUAGACAAGGAUGAUGACUUUCAGUUCGAGAUCAUCUCCAUAGAGUCGCAGGAUAAGAUGCCGAUGGCUGGAGGAAGGCGCAGAAGUUCCCAAAAUUCGGAACAGGAAAAGAAAAUUCUAGCAGAUUAUUCAGGUUAUACACCGGAAUGGAGAGAAAUGGCCGACCUGAUAAUGAAAGACGUGGUUCCCAACACACUGGGCUUUACGUGGCAACACUGCAUAGGUCUAGACAAACCAAUCGAACUUCUCAAAGAGGCUACAGUAUACCCCUUCCUCUACCCCGACCUUUUCAGCAACCUGACCCAAACCUGGACAGGCGUUUUGCUCUACGGGGCCCCAGGCACGGGCAAAACGCUCCUCGCCAAAGCCCUGGCAUGUGAAAUGAACUCAACUUUCAUAAAUGUCACUAGCAGCACCUUCGUUAGCAAGUGGAGGGGCGACUCGGAGAAAAUGAUAAAGGUUAUGUUCGACCUGGCUAAAUACUACUCGCCCACUACGAUUUUUAUAGACGAGAUAGACGCCCUUCUCUCCGAAACUAAAGACACCAACCACGAAGCUUCGUGCAGAUUUAAAAGUGAGCUCUUGGUUCAAAUGGAUGGCUUGCUGUCUAGCAACGAGUCAGUCUUCAUCUUAGCUACCACGAAUUCUCCUUGGAAACUAGACAAAGCCCUUUUAAGAAGGUUCGAGAAGAGGAUACUGAUACCUUUGCCCAACGAAGAUGCCAAGGUUAAAAUGUUGAAACACUACUCUAAUCUGAGGGGCGAAAACAAGAACGACUGGAACAACUUGAUUCAGCUCACUGAAAACUUUUCGGGGUGUGAUAUAAAGAAUGCUUGUAAAGAAAUGGAGAUGGCUUUGGUCAGAGAGCAACUUAAAAAUGUGUGCAAGAAUAAAAAGGUGGGGUCACGAAGGGACGCUACUGUGGAAGAUUUAACAACUGCUUUGAAAUCGGUGAAACCUUCGCUCAGUCAGGAUUAUUACAAGAAAGUCUUAGAAUGGAAUAUGGAAUACGGUUCAAGAUGAAUUUCAUGUUGUUUAAGAAUACAAAAUAAUUUACAAUUUGUCUAUAACGAUAAUAUAACUAAAACAUUA